UACUCCAUACUUAUGAUAACGAUAUGGACUGCAGCCUACUUGCUCGUGGGGAAGGCAAUCCGUUCCUGGCCGGCCAUUCUUAAGGCGCCGCCAGCUCCAGACUACCUUGUCGCCGUUGAUGAAAACCUCGUUGAAUAUAAUUAGAGGAGCAUCCUCUAAUAGAAGUAGAAGAAGGAUAAUAGAAAUAACUGAAACUAAACAUCGUUCUGCAACUUCUUCCUAGUCGAAUCAUGCAAGAAAUAAUAAGACAAUUUGGCAGCACAAGCAAUUCCACCUUCCACCACCAAGUCAUAAUGUGUGUCUUAUUCUUUAACUACCUUCUCUUACUGGUAUCCUCUUUCGUGUUAUUUGGUCAACUAAGACAAUUUGAGAGUCAGAGACAAUCUAAAUAAUAUUUUGUCAGUAAAAUUAUUUGAUUUUAUGAGCUUUAAAAUAUAAAUGAUGGCACAUAUAGCUCCGAAGUAUGCUAUCACAUAGUAAGGAACACACACAGUCGCAAUUGAUAUGUAACAAGACCUAACCAUCCGAAUAGAUCAAGAGAACAGACCAUCAUAAAACUAACUCGACAGUUUCCAGAAGACUAUGAGCGACAACCCGGACCUAAAGAAGUAUCUGCCAAUCAUUGCCGGGGUGACAGUGGGCCUGGGCGUGCUGUCACUACUCUCCAUAGGAUGCAAACCCGCCGCCUCUAACCUCAGCCCCCUACCAAUGUCUACUAAACCAAUACCUUAUGGUGACGGGUUCACUCCUUCAGCCGUAACCCUUGAAGAUUCAGAAUUAGAGGAAUGCGAAGAGUGCCUCAAAAUUGACCCCAGGAAGAGACGGUGGCCCACCGUCGAGGAAGAACAGGCAGAAUACAAGAGAAUUAGAGAAAGAGAUGAAGAAAAGAAGAGGGUUGAACUAUUAGUACAAGAAUGCAUUGACAAAUAUCAAAAGUCUCUCGAAUAUGAUAAGACAGAAUCUGAUGAAAAUGCCAGUGGUCCUAAGGAAAGAUGAGUGAAAUUAUUCGAUAUGGUUAUUAUUAUACGUUGAUUUUAAAAAUAAAUAAAUGAAACAAAACUGUUUAAUAAUACAUGAUAUUGUAUUUGGAACAAUCUUUCUCUCUUACCGCAUAAUAAUAUAAAUUAUAGCUUGGUGAACGUCACUGAUACAAAAUAUAUAAUAAUUAAUAGUAAUAAUUAAUUAAUAAUAACUUAUGUAUAGGUACACCCGCCGCCGUACGCGAUCCCGCUACUAAACAAUUUGUUUAUACAUAGAAUCCGCCGUCGCCACUGUCAGGAAAGCAACUUGCUUUGAGGGCUUGGAGUUUGGACACUACAGAAAACAAUAAACUCAAACAUACAAUUAUUUAUUACAAUAUAAAUAUUACCCAUCAAAGACAAAAUUAUAUGCUACAGUUUUCCAACAUCUGAAUAUUCGCAUAUCAGUCAACGUUUGAAAGGUAAGCUGCUCGGGCUAAUAGAACUGAACGCGACACAAGCGCCAACUGGUUAAAACAAAAUCAAAAACCCUCAUUCAAAACAAUAUCAAUCAUGUUUUGGACGCGAACAAAUCGCUAUUGUUCGUUAAUAGGGUACACU